GGUGCCUGCAGCAUUGUCCAAUCUGUGGGGGCGGGGGUAAGGGGCAUUCAUCGCCGUUGGAGGCUGGAGCUUUGGCAUCCGUCGUUGACAUCCUUCGUUGACAUCUCUCUCCGCCAGCGGAGGCGCUCUUGCGUUUCUGUCCGGAGCGAUCCUGGGUGUACUGUCUCUCUCACCUUCCAGAGCUUCGGAGCUGCGGGGAAGACGACGCCCUGAGAACCAGCCUCACCGCUGCGAGAUGUUGUGUUGUCAUCCAUGAGCAGUGACAUGAGGCCAGCACGUCCUCAGCUUCUGUGAACUGGAAAGCCUAUGGACACGGUGGUCUUUGCGGAUGUGGCUGUGAAUUUCACUCAGGAAGAGUGGGCUCUGCUGGAUGGUGCUCAGAGGAAGCUCUAUAGAGAAGUGAUGCUGGAGACCUUCAGAAACCUGGCCUCAGUGGUUGUUACAGAUUGUUUCACUCAAGUUAAAACCCAUGCGUCACGUCCUGGGCAGGAUACUUUGGAGAAUAAAAUAUCCAGUGAAGAGAAAAUAUUAAGAUUCACAAGAAAUGAUUCCUGGCCUGGUUUUAGAGGAAACUGCACAGACCAUAACAUUGCAGAUCAGCACCAACCCCAGGAGAGGCGUCCGAGAAGUCAUGUGCUGGAGGCUCCCUGUGAGAGGGGUGAAGCUCAUCCAUGUGGAGAUACCCUGAACCCAGUCACAAAUCUUCCUGUGGGGGAGGGACACCCGCCUGGAGUUAAGCCCCAGGAAUGCACUAAGUGUGGAAAAACCCGCUUGAGUCAGCUAAGGUCUCCCACUGGAUGUGAACCUCAUCCCUGUGAGGAACGUGGACAAGCCUGCACGUGCGUCUCGUGUCCAAGCCCUCAUGUGGAACCAGAGCGUGUGCACAAACCCUGUCACUGUGGGGACACUGGGAGAGCGUCUGAGAGAUACGUGAAGAGCCUUAGUAAUGCAAACUCCGUCGAGUGUCAGAAAUGUGGAAAAGCCUUCACUUGCCACUCCUCCUUUCGGGGACAUUUGAGAGGUCACUGUGGACAGAAAAUCCAUACUUGCAAAGUAUGUGGGAAAGCCUUUAUGUAUUACUUUUACCUUACAGGACACGCGAGAACUCACACUGGAGAGAAACCCUAUGAGUGUAAAGCAUGCGGGAAAGGUUUCGGUAGUCUGAAAUACUUUAGAAGACACGUGAGGACACACAGUGGAGUGAAACCCUAUGUAUGUAAGGAGUGUGGGAAAGUCUACAGGUAUCUCACAAAUCUGCAAGAACAUGCAAGGACGCACAGUGGGGAGAGGCCGUAUGUAUGUCAGCACUGUGGGAAAGCCUUCAGUCGUCACUCCUCCUUGCGCGGGCACGUGAGGACGCACAGUGGAGUGAAGCCCUAUGAGUGCCAGCAGUGUGGGAAAGCUUUCAGGUUUCCUGCAAACCUGCAAGUGCACGUGAGGACACACACCGGGGAAAGGCCCUGUGAAUGUCAGCACUGCGGGAAAGCAUUCAGGUAUGCCGCCUCGCUGCGAGUGCACGUGAGAACGCACACUGGGGAGAGGCCCUAUGAGUGUCAGCAGUGUGGCAAAACCUUCACCAGCCACUCUUACCUUCAGAAACACGUGCGAACACACAGUGGGGAGAAAUCCUACGAGUGUAAGGAGUGUGGGAAAGCUUUCAGGCAGCUGCAGCAUUUUCAGGGUCACAUGAGGAUACACAGUGGGGUGAAACCUUACGAAUGUAAAGAGUGUGGAAAAUCCUACAGUUUCCUCUCAUCCCUGCGAAUACACGUGAGAAUGCACAGUGGGGAGAGACCCUUUGAGUGUCAGCAGUGUGGGAAAGCCUUCAGUCGUCUCUGCUCGCUUCAAGGACACAUGAGAUCACACACUGGGGUGAAACCCUAUGAGUGUAAGGAGUGUGGGAAAUCCUUCAGGUAUCCUGACAACCUGCGAGUACAUGUGAGGACACACACUGGGGAGAGGCCUGAUGAGUGUCAGCACUGCGGGAAGGCCUUCCGGUAUCCCACGUCCCUGCGCAAACAUGUGAGAACACACAGUGAAAAGGAUACGUGAACAUCGGCAAUGUGGGAAAGCCUUCAUGUGUGGCGAAUACCUGCAAGCACAUGAGGACACACGAUGGACAGAAACUCUGAACUUGAGGAUUGGGAUACCUUUAUUCUUCCUGAAAAUUGUGUUGUAAAUGAGAGCAAACACACUGGAGAGAAACCAUAUGGAUGGAAAAGAUGUGGAAAAACCUUUAGAUGUAGCACUUAUUUUGUAUGAAAAUUCAGAGCAGGCUGAAAUCUUUUAAUGAUUAUUUGUAUGGUAUUGCCUUUGUAAAUAGCUCAUCCUUAGUAGCAGUUUCCAGUGUAUUAGUUUCUGGUUAUGUUUCUGAUAUGAAACUUGAAAUAAGAAAUAUUUCUCUAUGUUCCUUCAUCUGUACUACACACUUUAUUAUCUUGGACUUUAAAUAAUUGUAUAGUUGUAUAAAACUUGUCUCAUUGCCAUUUUUAUUACUUUUGGAUUUAGGGUAUUUAGGGUUUUUUUAAUAACUUAGUGAUUUUUAUUGUGUAAAAUUUACAGUUGGGGAAACUGAGGCUCAGAGAGCCAAAGCAACUUGCCCAAUAUCAUUCAACAGUUAAGAGUUGCUGGGGCUUCUCUCUCUUUUAUUGUAAAGGCAGAACUUCGUUUAUAUUUGUAAAUUUGGAGUGGUAGACAUAUCACUUUUACAUUACCUUUUUCAGUUACAAUUUACAUUCAAUAUUAUUUUGUGUUAGUUUCUGGUUUAUCAGCAUAGUGAUUAGAUUAAGUGGUUAUUUUUAUUUUCAUGUGAAAUGAUAAUAAUUUUAGAUGAAAAGUUUUUUGACUCCAUUAUGUUCCCAGCAUGUGAUCAUGCCAUGAGACCUGUAUUUUUUCUUUUCUGGUUCGCUGCUGCAGACAUUGACCCUUCACUGUAGUCUUUGUUACAGAAACGUGGAGCUUUCACAUUUGUUUGUUGCUAGUGGAUACCACAUCUGUGUUCCUCACAGAAGUUAGUAAUUAUGGCAAGAUCUCCUCUGAUUAUGUUCUUAAUUUGACCUUUGCUUAAUGUUCCUGAUCUUAAUUGGAAAUUGGACAUGAUGCAUUGAGUUACAAAGAGAGACCCACGGUGUGAAAAUGAAAGCUGGUGUCUAGAUGAUUCCAUGUAUUAUGUUGUCAGCGGGUAAGCUGGGAAGCUAUAUCCCAUCUUCCUUCUCUUUAGGUUUGAGAAAGGGAAGAUGCAUGAGGUUUGGAAAUGAAGAUGCCAUGACCCUCACAUAUUCUUUGCCAUCAGCAGACAGAGAUGUGGGAGCCUAGUGGGCCCCAGACACAGCACAUUCUCUUGACUUCUGCCUCUGUCUGUCUAAGAACAGCCCUAACCAAACACAGGUUUGAUGUUAGUUUUCUUUCAGGCAGCGGGUUCCACAGACAUUUCCAGGAGCUCCCCCAUCGUGGGCCCUCUUUGGUCUUCAGAUUCACACAGAUUCUUCCUGUAACUCUUUGAUGUACAACAGGCUACUUCUUCAGGCUAUGGGCUUUAGCAGUCUUCACUCAUCCUGUCACCCCUUUUGUCUUUCAUGCCUCUCCUAAUUAUGUGAUUUUUGUAGGAAGCAUCUCGUUUCUCUACUGGUAGAUCUUUUUCCUGACUCCACCCUGACAUAUUUAACACUGGCGCCAAAAUACAGAAAACAUACCUCCCAGAUUGCAUUGUUGAGAGGCUGCACUGACCUUGCAUUUUUUGUUUCAUACAAAUGUAUUUGGACACUUCCAUGGUGGAAAUGCGCCUUUGUGAUAUAUUUGGCUGUUUGUGAAAGUUUUCUCUUUUAGCUGAAUGCUUUCUAAAUGAUAAGCCCAGUAUGUUUAAUUAUGCUCAAUUUUUAUAUGUCAUUACCAAAUGUUUGAUUCUCAUUUUUUAAAGAUUUUAUUCAUUUAUUUUUAGAGAGGGAGGAAGUGAGGUAGAAAGAGAGGAAGAGAAACAUCAAUAUGUGAGAGAAACAUCGAUUGGUUGCCUCUAGCACGUGCCCUGAUGUGGGACCUGGCCUGCAACCCAGGUAUGUGACCUGACAAGGAAUCGAACCGGUAACCUUUCUCUUUCUGAGACAAUUGCUCAGCCACUGAACCACACUAUUCAGGACUAAUGCUCAUUUAAAAAAAUAUGUGAUUCAAACUGCAUUUUUUUUCAAUUGUAGUUUUCUACAUUGUUUCUUAGCUAUUAUUUAGGUUUUCAAAUCUGUUGUAUACUGACACAUGUUAUUGUGUUUUAUGUUUAAUUAAUUAUGAACCCAUUCUAAAGAAUAAUUUAUUGUUCCAUUGUAACCAACUUUUUCAUAUGUAUUCUGGGGUAAUGUUACUAAAUACAUACACCUUUUGAAAUUA